UAUAUAUAUAUAUAAAUGUGUAACCCUCACCUUCCAACUCCCUUUAAUUAUUUGAAGAAGAAGAAACAAAAAUGAUGAGAAUCACAAGUAUGGGAAGACAACAAUGCAAAAAGCACCCCAAACACCGCCAAUCCCCUGGUGUUUGCUCACUUUGUCUCUCGGAAAAACUAUCUAAAGUCUCCACCACCACCACCGCCGCCCGUUCCGCCAUCAUCCGAGCUCGUGCUCGUGUCUACUAUCAGUCCUCUUCCUCUUCCUCCUCCUCCUCAUCUCUUUCCUCCACGAACGACUCUUCGGCCGCGGCCUCCCCCUUACACGACGGCGGAGGCUCCUCCACGGCUCGCCACCGGAGGAUCGUUUCCGAUGUGCGAACCAAGGAGGGGUCAUCGUCGUCGUCGUUGUUGUUUUUUAGUAAGAGUAAAUCCAUGGCGGCUCAUGUUGGAAAAGGGAAGUUAUUAUUAAGAUCAUCAAAAGAUAAUGAAGAUGAAGAUGAUAAAAAGAAGAAUAUGAAAAAGAAUGUGAGGAGAUUAUGGGCUAAUCUGAUUCGAUUAGGGAGAAAUGAGCAAAAACGUGUUAAUGCAGAAGAUGUUGAUCUUAAGAUUAUACCUCAUCAUCAUCAGCUUGCUAGUUCUAGCAGUGCUAGUAUGGUUGUUUAUUGAUUAAUUAAUUAAUUAAUUAAUUAAUCAAUUAAUCAAUUAAUUAAUUAAUUAAUUAAUUAAUUAAGAAGAUUAAUUGAUGAUGCUAGCUAGAUUAGCUUUCUCUUUCUUCCUUUUUAUUUUUAGCUUCAUUAUUAAUCAUGUCAAUUGGGCAUGGUUAGUGAUUUUAAUUUAUUUUUUUAUCAAUUUGUGUAUAAAAGAAAAAUGGAGAGGGAAAUACGUACCGCGAAUUUACAGAAGAAUUAAGGAAAUUAAUGUUAUGUUUAAUUGGUUUGAUUUGAUGAAAAUAUAUGUACAUAUGAGUACAAGUUUUGGUUUGAUCUUGUUUUCAAAUGAGAAAAAAAUUGGAUAAUUUGUCAUUUACUUGAGUUUAUGGUUUUGCAAA